UGCUGACAUGUCUUUUAAUUUCGUUAAUUGACAAUAGUGAUUUUAAUUAGUGGAAAAACUCUACUUUCGUCUCAGUUUCUCAAAUUUCCAUCUGUCAUAUCGGACGCGUAAAUCAUUGUAAAAUAGAAACAUGUUCUAAUGUCAUUUUUCUUACCUGUACAAGACAUUUUUGUUGCCAAAUUUUUGUAACCAAAGAAUGCUUUAUCAGUUAACGAUCAGAAGUUUAACAUAAUUUAAUGUUAAGAGUUGAAGUUGUGUAACGUGUAUGAUAAAGUAUCAAAUAUUAAUUUCUUUAAAACUUUAUCAUAUAUACUUCUACAUCAAGUAUGAGUGGACAGAUGAAAGAUGUGCCGUGUGGCAUUCAGUGUUUAAAACAUAUUUGCAACAAUUGUUGUACACAUCAUCAUAUUAAUUCGAAGCCAUGGUACCAAGCAGGGGUGUUGCUGAUUACUUUCUUAGCAUACACUUGUUACCAUUUAACUCGGAAGCCAAUAUCAGUAGUAAAGAAUGUUCUGAACCACAAUUGCAGUGGAAUAUCACCACCUUCUUAUAUCCCAGUGAAUGACAGUAUUCAUUGGUGUGAUUGGGCCCCAUUUGACACAGAUGAUGCACCAGCAUUAUUCGGUUUGCUAGACUCAUCGUUUCUAUUUGCAUAUGCAGCAGCUAUGUUUGUCAGCGGGAUUAUUGCGGAAAGAGUCAAUCUGCGAUACUUCCUCUCUCUCGGUAUGAUCGCUUCCGGUAUAUCCUGUUACCUGUUUGGAAUCGCCAGGCCGUACAAUGUUCACAGCUUAUGGUACUUUGUCUUGGUGCAGGCAAUAGGAGGAGUAUUUCAAACCACAGGUUGGCCUGGCGUGGUGACAGUCAUGGGAAACUGGUUCGGCAAAAGUAAACGCGGUUUCAUCUUUGGUAUAUGGAACUCGCACACGUCCUUAGGGAAUAUACUGGGCAGCUUGAUCGCGGCAAAGUACGUCGAGUCCGAUUGGGGUCUGAGUUUUAUGGUGCCUGGCGCUAUAAUGGGACUGGUCGGGUUCAUCGUCUUCGUGUUCCUAGUACCGAAUCCUACCGACGUAGGAUGUAGUCUGCCUAACUCUCAUGUAUAUAGAAAAAUUGAAGCGUCCAACAGUUCAGAUGAUGAUCUCUAUGCCGAUGUCGGUGAUGGCCCUCAUCCUGCUGGCGAAGAUCGUGUCAUCUAUCGCUGUGUCUACCGUGACCAAGUUGCUGCUGAUGACUACAAUGAUAAUUUGCGAUCUGAAAGCAGCCCGAUGCUAUCAGGACAUCGACGCAUUUACAGCGUGCAAUCCAGUACACAAGAUAACGCGAUUGGAUUUAUGGGAGCCAUAAAGAUACCUGGCGUCAUCGAGUAUUCUUUGUGUCUGUUCUUUGCGAAACUCGUUAGCUAUACAUUCCUCUACUGGUUACCAUUGUACAUUGCAGCUUCAACUACAUACAGUACCAGCUUAAGCGCGUAUUUAUCGACCUUAUUUGACGUUGGUGGCAUAGUAGGCGCUAUAAUCGCAGGAAUUUUUUCCGAUUACAGCGGUAUGAGUGCUUUGACGUGCGCUAUUAUGUUCGGACUUACAUUUCCCGCGUUAUUCAUAUACGAUUACAUCAGGAACGCCAGUCUAGGUGUCAACGUGGUGCUGCUACUGAUUGCCGGAUUACUGGUGAACGGUCCUUACGCUCUGAUAACAACUGCGGUAUCCGCGGAACUUGGAACCCAUCCUAGUUUAGGUGACAAUUCGAAGGCUUUAGCCACAGUGGCUGCCAUCAUCGACGGAACUGGUAGCAUUGGUGCUGCUAUGGGCCCACUGUUGGCGGGAAUGGUGUCCCGAUGGGCUGGAUGGCACAGUGUAUUUUAUAUGUUGAUGGGCGCAGACCUACUAGCUCUAUUGCUUCUGUCCAGAUUAGUUUAUAGGGAAUUAAAAUUGUACGCGCAAAGACGACGAGUUCUUUGAAUAUAGGCUGUAAAAUAGAAAA